CAUGAUUAGAUUAUAGCCGUUCAAGCUGACGUAGCAUCGCAGCUACGUAUCUUAGGUACGAAAUACCCAAGCUUAUUAACCCAUAAUUUUCCAGUUCUCUUCCCAAUAUUCAGUCUUUUUUUUAUUUAUAUACUACUCCCCGCGGCUCUACGACAACAUCCUGCAGCACGCCCCCCUUCCCUCGAUGACCCUCAACGCCGGUCUGCGCAUCGCGCGCGUCCGCUCUCCGUUCCUCAGACCCAAUGGGUCGUCAUAUACCCUGGUGUCCCUCGUCGCUACGAGCCGCGCCUCAAAGCAAUGGCAGAUAAUAUCCCAGACAAGCCUGCGCCUUGCCUCAUCGACAGCGUCGCAGGUGAAGGAAGCGCCUAAGUCGACUUCUGAAGUCGUCUCUUCGGAACGCUUGACAUCUCCCCUGCCCGCCUCGACAACCCUCAACCCACCAGCCUCGACACGCCCCCCUCCUCUCGAUACACCGACCCGAGACCCCUCGUCCUCGAUAUUCAUAUACUUCUACCACCUCGGCAAGGCGUACAUGACCUUCUACAAGACCGGGCUCCGCGCCAUCUUCACCAACAGAAAACUCCUCUCGCAAUCCCCCACCGCUUCCACCCCGUCUCCUCCCAUCCCCAGCUCGAUAUCCUUCCCAACACGAUCAGACGUCCUCCUGCGCCGCCGCGUACGACACGAUCUCUCGCGCCUCCCAAUCUUCGGGGUCCUGCUAAUCGUGUGCGGGGAACUAACCCCGCUUGUGGUGCUGCUGUUCCCGCGCCUCACGCCGCUGACCUGCCGCAUCCCCAAGCAGGCCGAUGCUCUACGGCGCAUCUCCGAGGCCAGGCGGGCUGCUAGCUUCCGCGGUCUUCGUUACCGGCCCGAUCCGCUAAAGGGUAACGAACCGGCUAGCAACGGCCACGUAUGCCGAAGUCUCGGGCUGACGAGCUCCCUGUGGGAUAAGAUCGGUCUGGAUGGUCCGUUCGCGGCAUCGUUGGCGCAGCGAGCGAUUGCACGGAUUGCGGCCGAUGAUGCUAUGCUGCGCGAGGGUGGAGGUGUAGAGGCUCUUGUUGACGAGGAAGUUGUGCUAGCAUGUGAGGAUCGAGGUAUUGAUGUUCUGGGGAAGCCGGUGGACGAGAUGAGAAGUCGACUAGAGGAAUGGCUCCGUAAGACUACUCCUGAGGGGGUGACCUUGGAAAAGCCUGAUGCUGCUUUGGGAGAGUCGGCCUUGAAGAGAGCUGAGGAGAAGAUAAGGGAGACAUUAGUUAGCUUAGAUGGGAGCAUCUAAAGACCACACGCCUGUGAAGUGUUCGGUUUAUGGGUAUGUCCUACUUUGCCUAGCUCGUCAAUGACCCCAUACUCUUGUCAUGCUUCAAGGUCAUGUAUAUUUAUAUAUUGAUACCGGACGUAUUAAAAAGGUAAAAGGCUCAGACAGAACUUGGCUCACUAAAAGAACUGUACAAUAUACAACAAUCAGCUCAA